AUGGACGGGGCUCCGCCAUCCGCCAGCCCCGCUGGGCUCUCGGCAUACGUGGCCGUGUCGCAGCUGCUGGGCCUGACGCUGCUGGCGGCCACGGGAGCGUGGCUGGGCAGCUACCGGGGCGGCGUGGCCUGGCAGGGCCAGCUGCAGUUCAACGUCCACCCACUCUGCAUGGUGCUUGGCAUGGUUUUCCUCCAAGGUGACGCUCUUCUGGUCUACCGGGUGUUCAGGAACGAAGCCAAGCGCUCCACCAAGACCCUGCACGCUCUGCUCCACGGCCUGGCGCUGGUGAUCGCCCUCGUGGGCAUCGUCGCGGUCUUCGAGUCCCACCGCGCCAAGGGCAUCGCCGACAUGUACAGCCUGCACAGCUGGUGCGGGAUGGCCGCCUUCGUGCUCUACCUUGUGCAGUGGCUCCUGGGGUGCGGUUUCUUCCUGGCCCCCGGCGUGUCCUUCUCGCUGCGCAGCCGCUACAAGCCCCAGCACAUCUUCUUCGGCAUCGCCCUCUUUGCCCUCUCCAUCGCCACCUGCUUGCUGGGCAUCACCGAGAUGCUGCUCUUCAACAUCAGGGACUCCUACAGCCAAUUCGUGCCCGAGGGUGUCCUGGCCAACACCGUGGGGCUGCUGCUGGUGGCCUUCGGGCUGGUGGUGGGCUACGUGCUGACGCGGGACGAGUGGAAGCGCCCGCCGCUGGCCGAGGAGCUGGCCCUCUCCAUGGACUUCAAGACCCUCACGGAGGGCGAGAGCCCCGGUGGCAGCCAGUGA